UGUAUUUUAUCACGGGGAUGGAGCGGUUCCCGGUAGACUAGCUGCGGGUGGGAGGAGUCUUGGAGGGGCCGAGCAGGGUGGGGCCCUCUUUGGCCGAGACGGUUGUGAGCCGCUCUUCUAGAGAGGUUCAGUGAACUCCGCGGCUUUUUGUAGGCUCGGCUGCUGUCUACUCACCUGAAGGCAGAACUCCGGCUAAGUCAGUACGUGCUGGGGAAAGAUGAGUUCGCCCUGGCCGGCAAGUCCAGCCAGUGAUGCUGAAGUCGGAGCCCGGAUGAUAGCUGCGAGCUCCAAGGUCGCCGGGCCGCCCCAGCGUGAUGGACUUUUGAUAGUGAAAGUGGAGGAAGAUUCACUCGGAGGUCGAGAGUGGGACCCGCCCAGACACAGUCAGGAUCCCGAAAUUUCUCGACAGCAUUUUAGGCGGUUCCGUUACCAGGAGGUGGCUGGCCCGGAAGAGGCGCUCAGCCGGCUCAGGGAACUUUGUCGUCGGUGGCUGAGGCCUGAGGUGCGCUCGAAGGAGCAGAUCCUGGACCUGUUGGUGCUGGAGCAAUUCCUGACCAUCCUGCCUCAGGAGCUGCAGGCCUGGGUGCGGAAACACUGCCCGGGCAGUGGGGAGGAGGCUGCCGCCGCGGUGAGCGCUCUUCAGAGAGCGCUUGGUGGGACGUCCCCGCAGGGGUUGGUGGGAGUCAAGGAUGUGGCCGUGUCUCUAACCUGGGAGGAAUGGGAGCGUCUGGACCCUGCUCAGAGGGACUUCUGCAGGGAGAGUGUGCCAAAGGACUGUGGGAACGCAGUGUCACGGAGUUUGGAAACCAGAACUGAGAACAAAGAGUUCAUUACAAAGCAAGAAAUUUUAGAAGUAGAGCCAUGGGGGCAUCUACAAGAGGGGCCCCAAAAGAAGGCUUCCCUAUUUUCUGAGCAUGGUGAAGCCAGUGAGGACAGGGUAGAGAAGCAGCCAGGAAAGGCCUCACCGCUGAAACUUGAAGAUUCUCCUGAAGAGCAAGGACUCACCAGCAUCUCAGAUCCCAAGAAUGGUCCUACAAAAGAGGGAACCUCCAAAAAUAAUGAACUUGAGGAUCGUGCCAGAGGUUCCAACCUUUGUCGGCAUUUCCAGAUAGCAGAGAGGCCCAUUAAUGGGAAUGGUUGCACUCAAAGUUCAGAAAUGGCAAAACAUCAAGUGGCGAAACCUCACAAAUUUGUUGACCAUGAGGAAAAUGUCCAUGGUUCAGGUCUUUUUGAGACCCAGAGGUGGUUCCGUGAAGAAAGGCCUUAUAAAUGUAAUAACUGUGAGAAGAGUUUCAAACAGCGUUCUGACCUUUGUAAACACCAGAGAACCCACACUGGGGAGAAGCCCUAUGAGUGCCAAGCAUGUGGGAAGAGCUUCAGUCAGAGUGCUGCUCUGAUUAAACACCAGAGGACACAUACAGGUGAUAAGCCAUACACCUGCCCCAAAUGUGGGGACAGCUUCAGACAGAGCUCACACCUCAAUCGGCACCAGAGAAUCCACAUAGGAGAGAAACACUAUAUAUGUAACAAAUGUGGGGAAACCUGCCAUAUUUCUAACCGUUUUAGACAUCAGAGAAUACAUAAAGGGGAGAAGUGCUAUACAUGUGAAGAAUGUGAGAAGAGCUUCAAAUGGUGCUCUGAUCUCUAUAAACACCAGAGAAUCCACACUGGGGAGAGGCCUUAUGGAUGUUCUGUCUGUGGGAAACGCUUCAGUCAGAGUGUAACCCUCACUAUCCACCAGAGGACUCACACUGGAGAAAAACCUUAUAAAUGUCAUGAAUGUGGAGAAAGCUUUAGACAGAGUCCACACCUUACCCGACACCAAAGAAUCCAUAGGAAUAAAUAAAGUCUCAUCAUUUUGACAUGUUUUGCCUGAGCUGUUUUUUCUUUACUAUUCUUUGGCCUUUGGCAUAUUUCAGCCAGUUGGGGAUUCUACAUUCUUGGGCAUCACAUGAGUCUUACCUGAGUCACAGUACAUAUUUCAGCAGAGUAUUGGAAUGGAGGCAGAACGUGUAAGUUGGAAGCCCUUCUGAAGGAUGAGGUGCAUCUGCAGGAGAGACUUCCCAGCAAAUCUGGCCAGCUCCUCAGAAUGUGUCUUAGUCACUUAGAAUUGUAUUUUAGUCACUUAGAUGGCAAAGAGCAUUUUAAUCCAGAACACCUUACAAAGUUCACAGGCAUUCUGUUUUUUUUACUAUUUUUAAAAAAUCAAUUUUGCGAAGUGCCUCUUUAUUUCCCAUUCUAGGAGUCUAAGAGUUCAGUUUUAUAACUGGUUGAUUUCUUUUAAAGCAAGAGAAGCAAAGAAAAAUACCACCCAAAUACACUAAUUCCUGCCAUUGUAUCCUUUUCAAGUCUUAUUAAAUUAAGGGUACUUUAUUUGAUAACCAUUGGUUUCUUAAAAAGGUCAUCACUAAACCUUUCACUAAGAUUUGGGGGGUUUGGAGACCCUGUGAUAGCAAAUAGUCUAAAACAUGGUUUUCUGUCAAGGCUUCCUAAUGUGUGGGACAUAAGGGAAUGUUCCAGAGUGUUUCCUCAGGGUGGGAGGAGGAUCCAAAAGAGGACUGCAAAGUGCUUGUUUAGUAGUAGUCACUGACAACAUACAAUACUCUUUAGAAAAUGCAUCCAUGUACAUCUUCCCUCUUGACUUUCAGGCAACCCUAUGAGUUAAGUAGGAACCUGUGUUCCCAUGGAGAAAGGCAGAAAUAGUGGUUCAUGCUUCAGAACUUCAGUGAUCUGACUGCUUGUGCAGCAAACAUGUUUUCUUUUACUUCAGCAAAGGGCUCCCAGCCUGCCUUCACCACCGCUGACUGCCUUUGUCCCCACUGCCUCCAGAUUACCCAGAAACAGCAGGGAGGGAGGGCCAGUGGUGUGUGCAUAUGCAUCAUAAGACACACAGGCUGAAAGAGGUUUCAGCCUUAUUCCCAGCACUCUCUACCUUUGUGAUUGAUUGGUGAAGGAAGGAUAUGGGGCUGGCUUUACUCCCCUGCUGGGUUCAGCUGUAGGCACACAACUAAGCACUAGGAUCAGAGACUCACUCUCUUACCUUUCCAAGUAUUGCAUUCAAAUUUUUUUUUUUAAUCAAGGGAAUCAUAAGCAUGUUCCUGGAUAUUGGGGUAAAAACUUAGGAACCUGCCUGCCACACUGAUCCACCUGUUACUGGCAUUUUGUUAUAUUUCCUUUUAGUUUUUUCUACACAAACUUUUUCUAUAAUGAAAAUAAUAGUGUUUAUAUUUGACAUCUUUAAUGUCUUAAGGCUUUUAUGCCAUCUUCAUAAUCUUUAUGUAACAAUUGAGCCAUUUUCCUUUUAUUGGACAGUUCAGGCAUUUCUUAAUGUUCACUGUUAGAAGCAAUGCUGUAGUGAAUAUCCAUGUAAUUUUAACAACAUGGAUUGUUCUUUAGAAUCUAAGGCUAGAUUCCCAGAAUUCCUUGAUUAGUGUGUGAGCUACUUUAUGGCUCUUAAUAUACUUUCCCAAUUUCUUCCCCCCAAUAAGUGCCAAUUACAUUCUUUAUGAAAGUCUCCAGUCUUCUCAUCUUACCUCGUGUUGAUUUUUCUCCCUAAACAUACAAAAACCAAAACUGAAAGAAUUGCCUUUUAGAAUUCACCUCCUUGACCUUGGACAUGGUAGAAUAGUAGUACAUAUUUUCUCCCUGGACCCUUCUUGUAACCAAGGAGGGAUGGAUUACUCAGGCUUGAGUGUCCAGAGGAGAAUUUAACUUACUUAAAUGAGAUUUCAUAUCAACAGUACUGGGCUGAGGGUGAGAUGUGUACAUAAUACCAGUUUAAGCAGACCAUGCGCUGUAUAACACUGGUAUUUUUCCCAAGCUUAUCAAGGUUAUUUGCCCAAGGUCACAUAGCUAGUAAGUGAUUGGGUAAUCAGUGUAUCAGUACAGGCAGUGAUCCUUGUGUUCUUUUUGCUGUAGGGAUUCUGCAAACGUAGAAUUGACUGUCCUGUUGCAUUUUGCAAUUUUCCUCUGCUCUCGUCCUUUCUUGCCAUCCAUAUAUCAUAUAUUGAUAUUGACAUCAUAAUCUGUACUCUUGGCCUCUUGGGAAAGCAGGAAGCCUAACCUGCACUUGCACGUGAGGUGGGGGCCUACAAAGCCAGUUAAUUCAGCAAGGCUUCCAAACCAGCUCCAUUCCUCCAUGUUCCAGAAAUUCUACUGAAAAAAAAUACACAUUUUUUUCCAGCAAAUCAUUUUAUAGGGGCCAUUUAUAAAGGGAAAAGAAGUUCCAUAAUUGUAGAGCAGGGAGUGGCAGUGAAUACAAGCUCCUUUGUUUCUCUGUAAGUUCUUAGGGUCUUUCUACCAGUGCAGUGAUCUUUGUGAUGAUGGGAAUGUUCUUUACCUGUGCUGAACUUGAAAUGUGGCUUUUGACUGAGGAACUUUAUAAUUCAUUUAAUUUUGCUUCAAAUGGCCUCCUAUGGCUAGUGCUACCAUAUUGAAUGUGCAUCUCUUCCUGGGUCAGAUGUGGCUGAUGGUAGGCAUUUCAUGUUAUGGCUGGAUCCUUAGUUGUGCCAUCUUUCUGAAGAGCUGGAAGCAUGUGAAUUAUCUAAACAAUACAGAUUUAAUUGCCACUCAAGGCUGAAUCUGCUUUUCAUGGAUCCCCAACUCCUAAGGUUGUUGUAAGCAGGGCGUCUCUUUCAUUGGCUUACUUCCUCCUCAGGCAGAAGUCCCAAUUUUGUUCAAAGAAGUACAAUUUGGCAACCUUUUCUUCUAGCCAAUUCAUGCUGACCAGUAAAAAAAAAAAA